AUGACGAGUCGAAAAGAUGUAGGCAGUAGCGAACUAUACUUAACUGUAGAGAACUUCAAGCGCAAGUUGGAAUGUCAUGUUUGCCUUCCCCCAGCGCAUCAGCGAGUCACUUGUUUUGAUACUCAUACCGCAGGAGCAACUGUCGACUUCCAAGGUUUGAAGAAAUGCAGCAUUAUCGCCUGGAACUCUUCUGAGAUCUACUUUGACUUGAAUCGGGGAAGUUUCAUUGUUGGGAGCAAAACCCUUGAAACACAACUAUCCCUACAGAGGUGUUUUGGCAACCGUAAUCGAUCCCAAUGCAUUAUCUCGUAUAUUCUGCAUAAAGAGAAAUGA